GCUCCGCCGCCCGGUGUCUGCUCCGCCGCUCCGCGCUCUGCCCCGCUCCCACCCCGGACCCGAAGCCUCUGCCUCCUCGUUCACCACCCCGGCUCCCGGACCCCUCCACCCGGUGAAUGCACCACGGCCGAAAACAUGACGGGCAUCGCCGCCGCUUCUUUCUUCUCUAAUACCUGCAGGUUCGGGGGCUGCGGUCUCCACUUCGACUCUCUCGCCGAGCUCAUCGUCCACAUCGAGGACAAUCACAUCGACACAGAUCCGCGGGUCCUGGAGAAGCAGGAGCAACAGCAGCCCACUUAUCUGGCCCUAAGCUACAUCAACAGGUUCGUGACGGAUGCAGCACGCCGGGAGCAGGAGACCAUGAAGAAGAAGGCCACGCCCAAACUGUCCCUGUCCAUCACAGGCGGAGUGUCCAGAAACAGCACGGCCACACCCCCCCGCCACACCAGCGGUAACCUGACGCCUCCCGUCACACCCCCCAUCACUCCCUCCUCCUCCUUCCGCAGCAGCACCCCUACAGGCAGUGAGUAUGAUGAGGAGGAGGUAGACUACGAGGAGUCGGACAGCGAUGAGUCGUGGACCACAGAAAGCGCCAUUAGCUCUGAGUCUAUCCUCAGCUCCAUGUGCAUGAAUGGGGGAGAGGAGAAGCCGUUCGCCUGCCCCGUCCCCGGCUGUAAGAAAAGAUACAAGAAUGUCAACGGUAUCAAGUACCACGCCAAGAACGGCCACCGCACGCAGAUCCGUGUGAGAAAACCCUUCAAGUGUCGCUGUGGCAAGAGCUACAAGACUUCGCAAGGCCUGAGGCACCACACCAUCAACUUCCACCCACCCGUCUCCACGGAGAUCCUGCGCAAGAUUCAAGGCUAGAGCGUGCGGUCGAGCCAACCCACACACAGUCGACUCUCCCCCUCCCCCUCUCCCUCCCCACCCCACGACGUAGCCCCGCCCCAAUUCCCCUUACCUGACCCUUUUCUACCCACCCUACACUAAAACGUUAAGUGCAUGCUUUAAGUUGUUUUCGAUUCCCUUAAAUCAUUUUUUUAUGUUACAUUUUUUUUCUAUUCAUGCUAUAUCACUUGUGUUUUUUGGAAAUGUAUCUUUGUAGUAUUUUUUUAUUGUUGUAAUUUUGCACAUUCGUAUAUGCUAUCACAUUUUUGUUUCUCUAUUGUUUGACUUACAUAAGGUGCUAACUGCAAAAAAAAAACAGAAAGAAAAGACAAAAAAACAAAUGAUACGAAA